GUUUCUAAAUUUCUAUUUCGAGUAUGCGCAGUAUGUGAUAUUCCAGUCCGGCCGGAUGAAAAUUGAUUUGUCUUGUCUGUUCCCCGUUCUCGAUUUGGAAAAUAAUUAAAUCUUCCACGUCAACUAAAAGUACCAAGGAAAUUUUCCAGCUCGACAUCUUGUUUUCUAGAAGCAUUCAACAGAUACAAAGAAUGUCUUACAGCAAAUCAAAUGACUGGAAUUCGCACAGUAGUGGAUACAACAAAAUGAAUAAUUUUGACAGUCAAGCACAAAAUGGUUUCAAAGGCAAUUAUAACAAUAGCGGAUAUAAAAGUGGUUACAAUAACAAUGGGGGCAGCUAUAUGAACGGAAAUGGAAGUAGUUACAGAGGCGGUAAUGGGGGCGGAUACAAGCCUAGAACGAAUUUCAAUCAAGAAGAGAACGGCCAAGGACUCAGCAAGGUUGAGUGGGGUACCAAAACCCUGCAUCCCUUCUCCAAAAAUUUUUAUGCUCCCCAUCCGGACGUGUGUGGUCGGUCCGAGUACGAAGUAAACCAGUACAGGCAGUCCAAACAGAUCAUAGUGGAGGGAGACGCUCCUAACCCGAUACAGAACUUCAACGAGGCGAACUUCCCGGACUACGUUAUGAGUGAAAUCGUGAGACAGGGGUACGAGUCUCCUACCGCAAUUCAAGCACAGAGCUGGCCCAUCGCAAUGAGCGGUCAUGACAUGAUUGGGAUCGCGCAGACCGGGUCCGGGAAAACAUUAGCAUACACCUUACCGGCUACUGUACACAUCAAUAACCAGCCCCAGAUCAGCCGAGGCGAGGGCCCCAUAGCCCUAGUCCUGGCCCCUACCAGGGAAUUGGCGCAGCAGAUCCAAAAAGUUGCCAUGGACUUUGGCAGUUCCACCCGUAUUCGUAACACUUGCAUAUUCGGCGGCGCCCCCAAAGGACCCCAAGCUAGGGACUUGCAGAGGGGUGUCGAGAUAUGCAUCGCUACACCCGGACGACUCAUAGAUUUUCUUGAGAAGGGAACCACUAACUUGGAGCGUUGCACUUACUUGGUAUUGGACGAAGCCGAUCGCAUGUUGGACAUGGGCUUCGAGCCCCAAAUCCGUAAGAUUUUGGGACAGAUCAGGCCAGACAGGCAGACGUUGAUGUGGUCCGCAACUUGGCCCAAGGAAGUGAAGAAGCUGGCCACUGAUUUCCUGAAAGAUCCCGUUCAUAUCAACGUUGGGUCUUUGAAUCUCUCUGCCAAUCACAAUAUCCUCCAGAUCGUUGACGUGUGCCAGGAACACGAGAAAGAAGUGAAAUUGGCGAACCUUCUCCAAGAAAUUGGAAACAGCUCAGAGCCUGGUUCGAAGAUCAUCAUCUUUGUGGAGACAAAGAAGAAGGUGGAGGGUAUAACCAAGAACAUAAGGCAGGUGGGGUGGCCGGCGGUGUGCAUGCACGGCGAUAAAAGCCAACAGGAGCGCGAUUACGUCCUUAGGGAGUUCAGGAGCGGAAAAUCCUCUAUCUUGGUCGCCACGGACGUGGCGGCUAGAGGAUUAGAUGUGGAAGGUAUAAAAUAUGUAGUCAAUUACGAUUACCCACAUUCCUCCGAAGACUACAUUCACAGAAUAGGCAGGACGGCUCGUUCCGAGAACACCGGCACGUCGUACGCCUUCUUCACCCCCUCCAACUUCAAGCAGGCCAGGGAUCUAGUUAACGUACUAACUGAGGCCAAACAGAUCGUCAACCCGAAGUUGUCCGAGAUCGCUCAAAAAUUUGGGGGAUUCGGCGGCAAGAAUCGUUGGGGUUACAACAACAACGGCGGUUACAGGGGUAGGGAGAAUAGCGGACCGAAACAAUUCCCGAAGUUCAACAAUGUAGGCGGAUUCAAGCCGAACGGAUUUAAGAAAGUAUAUUAGGGAUUCGAGAAGUAGCCGGAACCACAGAUUUGCAGUAUUUUUCUUUAAGUGCAUUCCAAAUGCACACAGUUCUUAAUAGUUAGAAUUUAUUUAAUAAUUUUGUAUGUAUCUCGUAUCUAGUUAAAUUUUUUUUAUUUGCCGUUUGGCGGCAAAUAACGAAUGUUUGAGGAAAUAAAUUAUUUCUCUUUGACUUGAUAUUUUUCUGUCGUUAAGGGAAAAUAAAUUUGUUUUUUGUUCCUGUAAUACUUCACACGCUGUGAUGAAUAUAUUUAUUUUCACUUGUAUCGUAUGUUGUGAAUAUAAAUUAUAAUAAAGGUGUUUUUUUUUCUAAA